CGUUCAUGGCGCAUUUCACCACCUUUCUCCCCAUCCCCACUUUUCCCUCCUCCUCCCCAUCCCCAUUUCUUCCGCUCCUCUGUUUCUCCCCUGCCUUCUAAAUUGGCCUCCCCUUAAUUCCUUUCCCACCACCAAAACCCAAGCCCUCUUCUUCUCAAUUCCAAACCCCCAAAUGGCUGUGGUUUUCGCCGCCUUCUUUUCAUCCAUCCUGCUUCUGCUUCUCCAUUCUUCCGAUUCGCUCUCUUCUCAUCAACUUUACCUGAAAAGGCAAGCUUCAAUCCUUGUUUCAGUCAAGCAAUCCUUCGAAUCCCACCACCCUUCUCUCGAUUCCUGGGACCUUUCGGAUUUCUCCAAACUCUGUUCUUCCUGGGCAGGAAUCCAAUGCGACGAAUCCAAUCGGUCGGUGAUCGCCGUCGACGUCUCGAAUCGCAACAUCUCCGGUACCCUCUCCCCUGCAAUCGCCCAGCUCCACGGCCUCACCAACCUCUCCCUCUCCGGAAACAGCUUCUCCGGCGACUUCCCGGGGGAUGAUGUUCUUCACAAGCUCCCCCGGCUUCAGCUCCUCAACAUCUCCACCAACCUCUUCGCCGGAGAGAUCAAUUGGGAUUUCGGCCGGAUUAAAUCCCUAGCCGUUCUUGACAUCUACGACAACAGUUUCAACGGCUCUCUCCCAAUUGGAAUCACACUGCUUCCGAACCUGAUGCACUUGGAUUUUGGCGGGAAUUACUUCACCGGAGAAAUCCCCCGGAGCUACGGAAAAAUGGAGCAGCUCGUUUACCUGUCCCUCAAGGGCAACGAUCUCCGCGGCCGGAUUCCGGGCGAGAUUGGCAACUUGACCAGUCUCCAGCAGCUCUAUUUGGGUUACUACAACCAGUUCAGCGGCGGAAUCCCGCCGGAAAUCGGUAAAUUGGCAAACUUGAUCCAUUUGGACAUCGCCAAUUGUAAAUUGGAAGGUCCGAUUCCUCCGGAAUUGGGGAAUCUCAGCAAGCUAGACACUCUGUUCUUGCAAACCAACGAGCUCGCCGGCUCGAUUCCUCCCCAGCUGGGAAACCUCAGCAGCCUCAAGACUUUGGAUCUCUCCAACAACGUCCUGACCGGUGGAAUUCCCGUUGAGCUCUCGGGCCUUCAUCAACUCACUCUGGUGAAUCUCUUCCUCAACAAGCUACACGGCGAAAUCCCCCAAUUCGUCGCCGAGCUUCCCAAUCUCGAGGUCCUGAAGCUCUGGCACAACAACUUCACCGGUUCGAUCCCGGAGAAGCUCGGAGAAAAUGGGAGGUUGAUCGAACUCGAUCUCUCGAGCAACAAGCUCACCGGAAGCAUCCCGCAGUCGCUCUGCUUGGGGAGGAAGCUGAAGAUUCUGAUCCUCCGCAUCAAUUUCCUGUUCGGAUCGUUGCCCGACGAUCUCGGCAACUGCGAGACGCUGUCGAGGGUUCGCUUGGGCCAGAAUUACCUGACCGGGAGAAUUCCCGGCGGGUUGCUCUACUUGCCGGAGCUUUCCCUCAUGGAGCUGCAGAGCAAUUACCUGACCGGGCCGGUUCCAGAACAAACCAGCAGCAAACCGGUCAAGAAACUGGAGCAGCUGAAUCUUUCUGGGAACCGGUUAUCCGGGCCUCUCCCGGGUUCGAUUGGGAACCUCUCCAGCCUGCAGAUUCUGCUUCUGAAUGGUAACCAACUCACCGGACCAAUCCCUUCCGAAAUCGGUCAGUUGAAGAAUGUGCUUACGUUAGACAUGAGCAGGAACAAUUUCUCGGGCACCAUCCCUCCAACCAUAGGGAACUGCCUCAUGUUAACCUACUUGGAUUUGAGCCAGAACCAGCUUACCGGUCCGAUCCCGGUCCAGAUCGCUCAAAUCCACAUCCUGAACUACCUCAACGUGUCGUCGAACCGCCUGAACCAGACCCUCCCGAGGGAAAUCGGGUCGAUGAAGAGCCUAACAUCAGCCGAUUUCUCCCACAACAACUUCUCCGGUCCAAUCCCGGAAUCGGGCCAGUACUUGUUCUUCAACGCGACGUCGUUCGUCGGCAAUCCUCAGCUAUGCGGCGCCGUUUUGAAUAACACCACAAACUGCAACUAUUCAUCAGUCGAUUCCCCUCUACAAUUCCGCAGCCAGAGCAAAACAGGCAAGUCCCAGGUUUCGGGGAAAUUCAAGCUCCUCUUCGCUAUCGGCCUGCUUUUCUGUUCCCUGAUGUUUGUUACCUUGGCAAUCAUCAAGACGCGGAAAUGGCGGAAGAGUUCGAGCCGCCGGUGGAAGCUGACGAGCUUCCAGCGGCUCGAAUUCGGGUGCCAGGACGUUCUGGAGUGCGUCAAAGACAACAAUGUAAUAGGCAGGGGAGGAGCCGGCACUGUGUACAGAGGAACAAUGCCCGACGGCGAACAAGUCGCGGUUAAAAAGCUGCUGGGAAUCGGGAAAGGCGGUAAUUCUUCCUCUCAUCACGACAAUGGUCUGUCGGCGGAGAUACAGACUCUGGGGAAGAUCAGGCACAGGAACAUUGUGAGGCUGAUUGCGUUCUGUUCGAAUAAAGAGACGAAUUUGCUGGUCUAUGAGUACAUGCCCAAUGGGAGCUUGGGUGAGGCUCUGCACGGGAAGAGAGGAGGGUUUUUGAAGUGGGAAACGAGGCUGCAAAUCGCCAUUGAAGCUGCCAAGGGACUGUGUUACUUGCACCAUGAUUGUUCGCCAUUGAUCCUACACAGAGAUGUGAAGUCGAAUAACAUAUUGCUUAACUCUGAGUUCGAGGCUCAUGUUGCGGAUUUCGGGCUGGCCAAGUUCUUGCAGGAUUCAGGGACGUCGGAGUGUAUGUCGGCGAUCGCCGGCUCCUACGGCUACAUUGCGCCGGAGUAUGCGUACACCCUGAAGGUGGACGAGAAGAGCGAUGUGUACAGCUUUGGAGUGGUGCUGCUGGAGUUGAUAACAGGGAGAAGGCCGGUGGGCGAUUUUGAGGAAGAAGGGCUAGACAUUGUGCAGUGGACGAGGAUCCAAACCAACUCCACCAAAGAGAAAGUGGUGAAGAUCUUGGAUCAGAGGCUGUCCGAGAUCCCUUUGGUCGAAGCCAUGCAGGUGUUCUUUGUGGCAAUGUUGUGUGUCCAGGAACACAGCGUGGAGAGGCCAACCAUGAGAGAAGUGGUUCAAAUGCUUGCCCAAGCCCAAAAACCCAAUACUUUCCUGAUGCAGUAGGAGUGUAGGACUGUUUUCUUUGUCUUGGGAGGGAGGGAGUUAAUCAAGAGGGCUAAGUAAGUGGUCGCAUACGAUCCAUCCAUGGAAGUAACAGUAGCAGCAGAGCAAGUGUGUAUAUAUAGAUAUAUUCGGUUUUGAUUAAGUUAUUUUUGGGUGUGUUUUGUGAUAUUAUCAUUGGUGUAGCAAUGGUUGAAAGGGAAGCUUUUAUGUGAGUUUUAGAGUGUAUGUCAUUUCUUAAACAGGGGAAUUCAUAAUUUUUGAAGGGACAUGUAAUGUAAUGGAAUUCUGACGGAGAUGAAAGUAGUAUAUGGAAGAUGUGAUUUCAAAAGCA